UUACUUCUUCUUCCAUCUUCUACUCCUACCGCCACAGCCACUCAUAAGAAGUCCCGCAUCUCCCACCUUCCACAGACCCCAUCAACUUCAUCACCGGAAUCUUUAUCCAACAUCCUACCCCCACCCCCAGCAAUAAUCUCCAACAUGGCAAUCAAAACCACUCCCGCUGCCUCGAGAUGCCUCGGCCUCCCAAGCUCUAUCGAUUCGCCGAGUCGGCUCGUCCACCCCCGCGCCCGCGAACUCUACGAGCACCUCCGCACCUUCCCGUGGGACGUCUCGUGUCUCACCUACCUGCGCUGCCGCCACGAAAUCUUCCCCGAGGUCUUUGCCGGAAAGUCCACCACCACCCAGCUCGUCGAGUACCUCGUGGAGCUGCGCUUCCUCGCCACCGCUCUCAACGGUUGGUCGGAGGUCGCCCUUGGCCGCUCCCCGCACCAUCUCGCGCCACUGGACAAACGCUUCAUCAUCUUCAGCAUAGCCAACGCCUACCACGAGCUGCCCGAUGUGCUGAAGGAGCUCAUGACGAUCAAGGAUCGAUCGUACAGCUCGUCGGUCAAGAAGUACUGCGACGAGGUGCAUCUCGGUCUGACCGAGAUCUACCGCCAUCCCGACAUCAAGGCGCUCUGCGAGAAUGUUAAGCAGAGCCCGAUUCCGAUGGAGUUUUAGAGUACAUACGCACCUCGCAUUGGCCAUCGCUGGCACCACGCCGCCACCACGCUGCCAGCACCCAACACUCAACAUCCAUACCUUUCCACCGUCGUCCCGCCGAGAAUUACCUAUAUCCGCACGAUUAAUGUCCCUAUUUCUUCGACACCGAAUUCUUUAUUAUUACUUUUCAACUGUCAAUACGCUUUUUACCCUUUAGUAUCAGAACCAGAUUGUGCGAGGAGGACACAAAGGAACGAAUACCUUACCUAGUACACAACAAUAUGCAACCACCGACGGGACACUUUUAUCAAUUCAUCGCCGCUUGAGGAGCGACAAAAAUCAAUCAUCUUCAUCUUCU